ACAGAUUACUGGGGAUGUCAUAGUGCUCUACACCAUUUCUGAAGAGGUCAUUGAGGUGUUUUCAUCUCUAGUAACCGAAAGAUCUGAAUUGGUUUGUCUGGGGUCAUCUAGAAUACUCCAGAAUGUUGUUUUAAGAGUAACUAAACAAGUUGAGAAUUUGGCUAUAGACCAGUUUUUGAUUUAACAUCAUGGUACGGAUCACAUGCACCAUCUCCUUCAGCACCGACGAUGAGCCAGUUCGUCGCUCGCGCCAAGGCAGCUUUGACGAUCACUACAAGCGCGUGGUGUGGUCAAGAGAUGGCGAACACGGCAAGUACCAGGAGGAGGGUGACGAUCCGGACACAUGCAAUGGCACGGAAGAAGAAGCGCCCGACAUCAGCCUCGCCACCUUUUUCGGCGGAUGCUCCCUCCACGGAGCCAACCACGUCUUCGUAGAGGACAAGAAGAUCAGCAUCCCGGGCUUGUGGACUGUGGUCUUCCUGUUGGCGAUCUCCAUGUUCCUCAUGCAGGUGGUUGACCGUGUCAUCUACUACCUGCAGUACGACUACAUCACCAUGCUAGACGAGCGCAACGCCAGGAACAUGACGUUCCCCGCCAUCACGCUCUGCAACUACAACUCGUUCCGUCGCUCGCAGCUCAGCUACAGCGACUUGCUUUUCAUGGGGCCGCUCUUGGGAUACGAAGACAACAUGGCUCCGGGAAUCCCUUUGGCACCGGAACCCGACCGGCAAGGGUCUCGAUUCAGCCUCGCCGAGUUCUUCAAUCGCACCCGUCACAGCAUGGAAGACAUGCUUCUGGAAUGCAACUUUGCGGGGAAGGAGUGCGGCCCGGAACACUGGAGAGAGAUCUUCACGCGCUAUGGAAAGUGCUACACCUUCAACUCUGGACAGGAUGGACGGCCGCUGCUGAUCACCAUGAAAGGAGGGAUGGGAAAUGGGCUGGAGCUGAUGCUGGAUAUCCAGCAGGACGAGUAUCUGCCUGUGUGGGGAGAGACUGAUGAGACGUCUUUCGAGGCGGGAAUCAAAGUCCAGAUCCACACGCAGGAUGAACCGCCUUUCAUCGAUCAGCUGGGAUUCGGAGUGGCUCCAGGCUUCCAGACGUUUGUCUCCUGCCAAGAACAGCGGCUGACGUAUCUUCCUCCUCCAUGGGGCGACUGUAAGGCUACACCCAUGGACUCUGAUUUCUUCAGCACAUACAGUAUCACCGCCUGCCGCAUCGACUGCGAGACGCGAUAUCUGGUGGAGAAUUGCAAUUGCCGCAUGGUGCACAUGCCUGGAGAUGCUCCAUAUUGCACUCCGGAACAGUAUAAGGAAUGUGCAGAUCCGGCUCUAGAUUUUCUGGUGGAAAGAGACAACGACUACUGCGUUUGCGACACGCCGUGCAACAUGACGCGCUACGGCAAAGAGCUGUCCUUCGUCAAGAUCCCUAGCAAAGCCUCUGCCAAAUACCUGGCCAAGAAGUUCAACAAGACGGAGCAGUACAUUGCAGAAAACAUCCUGGUGCUGGACAUCUUCUUCGAGGCUCUGAACUACGAGACCAUAGAGCAGAAGAAAGCCUACGAGUUAGCCGGCCUUCUUGGUGACAUUGGAGGACAGAUGGGACUGUUCAUCGGGGCCAGUAUCUUAACCAUCCUGGAGCUCUUCGACUACCUGUAUGAGGUGAUCAAGUACAAACUGUGUCGUUGCGCCAAGAAGAAACACCAGCGCAGUAACAACAACGAACGAGGAGCCGUUCUCAGCUUGGACGAUGUAAAGCGCCACGCUCCCUGUGAAAACCUUCGUACCCCGUCAACCUACCCAGCCAACAUGCUACCUCACCAUCCUGGCCAGGGCAACUUCGAAGACUUCACCUGUUGAGCAUAAAGCAAGAGCGACCUGUCUGACAGAGAACAACCAAAGCUGACCACAUCAGUACGGACCCCAUUCACAACCGGACAUUACAGAACAACCUUCUGGAUCUGCCACAUACUGGAAAACCACCAUGUCUUGAGAUAUAUCCAGACAUCGGAGUAAUGGUACCGAGCAACAAAGUAUAUUUUCACUAACACGUUCCAUGGAAAACUUUUGAUGUUUUUUGAACAUUUCAAGGAAAUACUGCCUCAAAAACGAAACUCCUUGAAGCCUAAGAAAUGACAAAUUCUGUGACUUGGACAUCGAAUAGCUUUCCGCAGCUGGACCCUGAUGCCUUUUGUGUACAUAGUGACGGCUCUAAACUGUCUUAAGACCAGUGGCUUACGUAGGUCAGUAGAUAAAUAUAGCGCUUAUUCACUGUAUGUAGCCUCAUUAGUCCCAUCCGCUGGAUCUAUUCAGCCUCAGUGUAUCUCACGAGAAUGUAACUUCCCGAACAAGGUGACCAUCACAAGCGUCAAGAGGGGGUUUUCGGGGUGCUGGAGGGUUCAGGUCCCAUAUGACAUUGUGUUACAGGUCUCAUCUUGUAAAUGCAUGCUGGUCGUCCUGUGCAUGUUUUUAGUUUUAUUUAGAUAUCAUUAUUACUAUCGCCAAGUUUGCCUCAAUUAUAUACAAGCGCUGGAAGAUGGUGUAAAGUUUGUUUUUCUGUGUAUAUGCGUGUGCGCAGGUUUUGCUGUUCUUGUGGGGGUGAAGUUUCUCAGUGAUCCCAGAAGAAUAGCAAGCUGAUAGAAGCACCUUGUCAGAACCUCUCUACGAGGAUUCAAUAUGAUACUAAACAAAUGUAUAAGUUAAUAUCUAAAAAUGCCAAGAAGGUUUAUUUUAAGUCUAGAAUCAGUCUGUCGUAUAAUUAACAUAUUUGAUAAAUGAUAAAUGGGAAUGGGAAGCCCUCAAAUUGAUACAGUGGCCCCAAAAGGUAUUUGGACACUUUCAAACAUGUCAAAAUGUGUUGCUUUAAGAUUGCACAUCAAAAAUGCUGCAGGAUUGCUAUGGUGGUUUUUAGUGAAUCUAUGAUAUCUGUUUUUCUUUUUUAAGACUUUUAAUGACAUUUAAUGAUGGCCUGUUUACACCUGGUAACUACAUGCUCUUUCUCUGAUCGGAUUGUUACCCGAUCCUAAAAAGACCAGUCGUAAAUGCCCCUGAAAACACUUUUGAGAUGGAUUUAAAUCUGAUCGCUCAAACCACUUCAGGAGGUGAUCUGGCUGAUUGCUGAAACCACUUGGCUAACAUUACUGUCCGUGAUACCAAUUGGUACUGAAAUUUUAAAGGGAUAGUUAAUCCUAAAAUGAAAUUUCUGUCAUUAAUUACACACCCUUAUGACCUUUGUUCCUCUUUGGAACACAAAUUAAGAUUUUUUUAAUGCAUUCCGAGAGCUCAUUAUGUGACAAAAAUGGAAGAAAACACAUGAAGUGACCAGGUGUAAACAAGUCCUCAGGCAUUUGUAGUUGUGACUAAAAGUGUUCAUUUCUGUCUAGGGCUAAUGUAUGAAUACAUGAUUGUUUAUGUGCGCAUGAAGGUGUGACUGAGCACGAAUGUUUGUGACGAAUGUUUCAUUAUUUGCGCUGUGUUGCUGGUCUGUUUCUGGACGAAAGGGUUUCCAGGAUCAGGAAUGUAACAAACCAAAGAGUUUGUAUCGCUGGGUGGACCAGACCGAUCACUCGUACAGCACACCGGUCAUCACCGCAAACUGUUGUAGUUGUGCGUGUGUAUGUGUGCAUGUGUGUUUGUUUGUGCGAGACUGUUAUUCCUCCGUCUUUAUUUUCGUUUCGUUAAUGAAUACCGAACUUCGCAUUUAACGGCUUACUGUUUAUUUCCGCUCUGUACUUGCCGAUACGUAUUUGUUAAUGUCGCAAACUUCAUAUCAAAGCACAAACAAGACCACCGAUAUGUAAAGGUGAUGUUAAAGAAUGAUAAAAUAUUCUUAUCAGUGUUAUCAUAAUCGACAGAUUCAUUGGUACUCUUUAUUCUUUAGUUUUUUGUUUUUUUUUUACUACAAACAUACAUAUUGCCUGAUAGUGCAGUCGGCAGAUAAUAGGCUGUUCUAUUUAUCUAUGAAGGUAUAAUAAAUAUCAUUCAUAAUUUUA